CUGUAGGAAUACAUAACAGAAAACAUCUUGCUUGGGUAGUUUCGGGUGUAGUGCGCGGUUUUGACGGGGUAUUGUUUCUAAAAUACUGUCAGCAUGUCUGGUAGAGGGAAAACUGGGGGGAAAGCCCGUGCGAAGGCCAAAUCCCGCUCUUCCCGCGCAGGACUCCAGUUUCCAGUUGGUCGCGUGCACAGACUGUUGCGCAAAGGCAACUAUGCGGAGCGAGUCGGCGCAGGCGCUCCUGUCUAUCUGGCCGCUGUGCUCGAGUAUCUAACCGCUGAGAUCCUGGAAUUGGCUGGCAACGCGGCCAGAGACAACAAGAAAACGAGGAUCAUCCCCCGCCACCUUCAGCUCGCAGUCCGCAAUGAUGAAGAGCUGAACAAGCUUCUCGGCGGCGUUACUAUCGCUCAAGGUGGAGUUUUGCCUAACAUUCAGGCCGUCCUCCUGCCCAAGAAAACGGAGAAGCCCGCAAAGAGCAAGUAACCGCGUCGAGCGCUCAUUCAGCACUACUACAGCAUCGUCAACUCAAAGGCUCUUUUCAGAGCCGCCCAUUUGUACCUUAAGAGCUUCUCCUCACGGUUACUGGUGUGACAUUGUCUCUGGAUUUCGGUCGCCUAGAGACGCAAGAUUCUCCCCGAUUUAGACCUCACCAACCAGCCGCGUUUUCGUGGUUGGAAAAAAAAAAAUAAUUUCUAUUUGGACAGACUAAUGGAGUAAACACGCACCGAGGAGGUGACCAUGAUUUUUUUGAAGAACGUGACUUGCAAAAACUGACUCCGUGCUAUACAUACAGACUUCAAGGAAACAGUAAUCCCAAAGGGUGGGAUCGACGGCGCCACACAUUUGUUUUCGUUUAUGGACCAAUGGCAAUGUUGAGUUUUUGUAAAACUGCAGUGUUUUAUGCUUUGUAUCAGCCAUUUCUUUGUGGAAAAUGUAAAAUGUCUUGUCCUGGCACUUGUCACUUGAUGAUUUCUGUUUAAAAAAAGUAAGGCAGUUGUUACUGUUUCGUUAAUAAAUGUUAUGUGGCGUAACACGGCACGCAGAGAAAACAA